AUGUCAAACUGUGAGAAAGAAGUAAUCCGUAUCGGGAAGCAAAUCGACAAAAUUGUCUCAAAAGGCUCGGAGUCCGAGGAUCCGUUGCAGUUACUGAAAGAACUCAGAUCAUUGAACAACACCAUCACUCUGGAGGUUCUUCAGAAAACCCGGAUCGGGAUGGCAGUCAACAACCUGAGGAAGCAAAGUGACCAGGAAGAGGUCAUUAACCUUGCUAAGGUUCUCAUCAAAGGCUGGAAAAAACUCCUACCUCAGCCAGGUGGGGGCACACCCGCUGCCAAGGCGAAAGAGAAAGCGUCAAAUGGCGACUCAGGGAAUUCAUCAGAUCAGGGUCGAGGAAAUGGCGACAGCUCGAAGACGAUAAGCAGGCAGUCAUCAUCAUCUUCGGCAUCUUCCCAUUCCUUCUCCUCAACCAAUCUCGAUGGCAUCAGGGAACGUUGCAAGCAGAUGAUCUCAAAUGCUCUGAAAGUAUCGAUACCCGAUAUAGAAGGAGAAGAGGAUUUACAAGAUCCAGAAGAACUAGCCGGCAUCAUUGAGGAUUGUAUCUACACUGAAUUCUGUAACACCGACAAUCGGUAUAAGAACAGAGUGAGGAGUAGGGUGUCGAACCUCCAGGACAGUAAGAACCCAGAGCUUCGUAGGAUGGUCCUCAACGGAUCCAUUGCUCCGGAGAAGAUUGCUUCCAUGGCAGCAGAGGAGAUGGCAAGCCAGGCGAUGAAACAGAUGAGACAGAAUUUCACGAAAGAAGCUAUCAACGAGCAUCAGCUUGCCCAGACCGAAGGCACCCGAUCCAACCUACUCAAAUGCGGAAAAUGCCAAAAGAAAAACUGUACCUACAACCAGAUGCAGACAAGGAGUGCUGAUGAACCUAUGACAACCUUUGUAUUCUGUAAUGAAUGUGGACAUAGAUGGAAGUUCUGCUGAUGACGGCCAAUUUCUCUGUUGUACAUAAUGUUGUAUACAAGUUGCUCUCACCCGAUGUCAACCUUUUGUACAUAGCCCCGUACCUGAAACCACGGCAUGAUAGAAAGAGUCGCAUCUCUGUGGAGUCAUGGCCAUUGUCACCAGUCAACCAUCGGGACUCUUGGAGAACUUUAAGGAGAUGUGUCAAAGACUCAUCCCACCUGAAGACAUACUGAAAGUGAUGAUACAACUUACAAUCCUAUCCUGGAGUACUUUAGAUAAGGUUUUCUAAAGGCACAUUCUCCGUGGUUAGGUAAUUGAUAUCGAUGACAGUAUUGGUGCUCCACGUUGUUGAUCCUAGAUGAUUUCAGCCGAAUUAAACUUGAGGCACAUCCUGUACCGACAAGAUACUGACCGUUGCAUUCAUCCUGGAAGAUAUCCGAUAAAAUACAUGGUUUCCAAGUGGCAGCACUCCGUGGCAUUAGUGCUGUUGGUAGUGACGGUCAUGAUGCUACUGUAAUUUUUGAGGAUUUCAAGCAGAAUGCACAAGAGGCACAUUAUACCUGACAGGACUGGAGGUGGUAAUAUCUAUCUUGUGUUCCUAAAUCCUGUAGGACUGCAGAAGAAUAAAUGCCAAGACACCACACUUCCUGUCAAUAGUUCAGAUGGUAGUGACAGUCAUGAUGCUACUACUGUCAUUCCUUGAAGACUUCAAGCAGACUACCUCAAGAGCACAUCAUACUUGUCUGAUGGUGGUAAAACCUACAGUAUCUUGUGAUCUCCAAUAGGACUUCAAUAAGAAUAUCACACUUCAUUGCAAUGGUUCCGAUGGCAGUGACAGCCGUGAUGCUACACUCAAGAGCAUAUUGUACCUUGCACGACCGAUGGUGGUAACAAUUGUAACACAAUUAUCAAUCCUGGAAAAUAUCAGACAUAAUACAGGUAUUCCAACCUGCAGCACUUCCUAGCAAUAGUUCUGAUAGUAUUGAAGUCAUGAUGCUACUGUUAUUCUCUGGAACUUCAAGUAGAAUACUUCAGGAGCACAUCGUACCUGACAGGCCGAUUGGUGGUAGUAUCUAUCUUGUCUUACUCAUUGGAGAAAGUCUCCACCAAGCAAUCUUGCCAGUAACCCCUAUGUUGCAAUUGACAUACCCUGCAUGUGGAGGACAUGGUGGUGUGACUGGAUUGAUGAUUAAAAUCGGCUCAAUUUGCUCUAUUCGAGUCCUCUGGGGCCCGUUGCAU